AUGUCGUUCAUCACGGUAGCUGCAGCCACGCUGCCAAGUGUGCCCCUUGAUUUCAAGGGCAACCGAGACAGGAUUCUUGAAUCCAUCCGGGUCGCCAAAGAGAAAGGCGCCACGGUGCGCACGGGGCCCGAGCUGGAGAUUCCCGGCUAUGGCUGCCUGGAUCACCAUCUGGAGGGCGACACCUUCGCGCACUCGUGGGAGGUCUUGGCCGAGAUCAUCAGCGAUCCUGUAUGCGAGGGAAUGCUCGUCGACCUUGGCAUGGGUUGUCGGCACAGGAGCGUCAGAUACAACUGUCGCGUUCUAUGCACCUACAAGCGCGUGCUUUUCAUUCGUCCCAAGAUGUCACUUGCCAUGAACGGCCUAUACAGAGAGGCGAGACACUUCACCGCUUGGGCGAAGCCCUUACAGACCGAGACCUAUUACUUAGAAGAGGUAAUUGAGCGAGUUACAGGACAACGCACGGUUCUCAUCGGUGAUGCGCUCCUGUCCACACGCGACACGGCCAUCGGCUGUGAAACUUGUGAAGAGCUAUUCACACCUCUUAAUCCUUCCACACACAUGUCAUUGAACGGGUGCGAAAUUAUUCUCAAUUCCUCGGCGUCACAUGCUGAGCUUCGGAAGCUCAAGACGAGGCUCGACCUGAUUGCGAACUCGACGAGAAAGGCAGGCGGAUGCUAUGUCUACGCCAAUGCGACAGGCGUUGAUGGGGAAGCACGAAUGAUGUUUGACGGCUCGUCAAUGAUCUUGUUGAAUGGCAAGCCCCUAGAACAGGGGCACCAAUUUUCACUUGAGCCCGUUGAAGUUAUAAUAGCGACAAUCGACCUUGAAGAAAUACGCAGUUAUCGCUCUGGCAUCUCUCGAAACGUCCAGGCUGCACAGCAAGCGGAUUAUAUCAGGGUAGAAUGGGAUAUCCGUUUAUCGCGCUCCGUCGAUGACAUUUUUCGAUCCAAGAGUCUUCAGUUCUCCACGGAAAUUCAGCUUCGUGUCCUCGAUCCGAUGUCUGAGAUAUGGAUGAGCACUUCUGUGUAUCUUUGGCAAUACCUUGUCCGAACAUCGUCUCCGGGCUUCUUUCUAAGUCUAUCUGGUGGAUUAGACAGCUCCACCGUAGCAUUGUUCGUCUACGGCAUGGCCAAAGUCGUCCUCGCUUCUAUUGCGGCCGGUUCAGAAACGACGUUAGCUGAUUUAAGACGGGUGACUGGCAUGGAGACUCUUGUUCCAGAAUCACCGGAGCAGAUCGUUAGCAUCUUGCUGACAACAUGCUACACAUCCACAGUCAAUUCAUCCGAUGAGACCAGAUCCCGGGCGGAAAGACUGGCCGAAAAGCUGGGAGCGAAGCACUUAACCGUCUCCAUAGACCAAGCAGUUGAGGCUAGCAUGGCCAUCAUCGACAAGGCCCUCGACUUUACGCCGAAGUAUUCGAUUGAGGGUGGCACACGUUCUGAGAAUCUCGCACUCCAGAACAUCCAGGCGCGUUCGCGUCUAACUACACAAUACAUGUUAGCUCAGCUUGCCACCACAGCAUCAAAGUCACCAAGGGCUGGAUCAGCUCUCCUUGUGCUCACCAGUGGUAAUGUGGAUGAGAAUCUGCGAGGUUACUACACGAAAUACGACGCUUCAUCCGGAGACCUGGCCCCCCUAGGUUCGAUAUCAAAAGAAGAUGCGAAACGUUUCCAGCGAUGGGCGAUGGAAGCCUGGAAUCUCCCAAUAAUGGACGAAUUUAUAAACGCGACCCCAAGCGCCGAGCUACUUCCAUUGUCUGCCGGUGUACAAGACGACGAGUCUGAGACCGAGAUGGGACUUACGUAUAAGGAACUUUCCGUCUUUGGAGAGUUGCGCAGCAUUGAGAAACUAGGCCCUUGGUCUUGUUACCUUCGUUUACUCGGCCUCUGGAAGGAGCGCAACCUAACGCCGGGGCAAAUCGCAGAGAAAUGCAUGCGCUUCUUCAGAAACUAUGCGCUACUAACACCAGGAAACAGUAAAGCUACUAUUAUUACUCCAUCUGUUCACAUGUCGGCAUAUAAUCCGGAUGACAACCGCCAUGAUCUCCGUCCGUUCCUAUACGUCGUAAAUUGGCCCUACCAGUUCGAUAAAAUAAAGAAGCAUGCUGAGCACUUAGAAAGCUUAGACUAG